AAUUUGUAUGUCUAAAAAAUUUUCAAUUUAUCAAAGAAUCCAAAUAAAAACCAUCAAAAUGAUUUUGCGUCUCAAAGAUUUUAGAAUCGGUUAUUAGCUGUCCACAUAAAUCAAAUGUGGACAACGACAAGCGAUCAAGAAAAGUCAGAAUAUCUAACGGUUAAGAUUUAAGAUCACCUAACACGGGUAUCGGGAACCAGGGGUUUUAGUGAGCAAAAAUUGAAAGCAAAUUGUCAUUCACAGAAUAUAAAACUUCUAUAAGUCCUUAAAUGCAAACAUCUAAAACAAUUAUUCUUCUUUUCCAAUUAUUAUCUUUUUUUUUUUCCUUUCUUUUUCCUACGAAACGAACACAUUUUUAUAAAAAAAUAAAAAAUAUAUAUAUUUAUAAAAACAACAUGUCAAUGGCGUGGUAACGGGGAAGCUUGGAGUUGAUUCGGAGAACAAAGAAAGAAAGAAGGAAAGAGAGAGAUUCUUCUGAUUUAAAAGAGAUGUCUUUUUAAACCCCAAAUAGAAGAGCUCUGACAAUUCUAGGAUUUAAAGUCAAUUUUUUAUUUUUUGUCGUUUCAGUUGCGGAAAGGAAUCAAAAAUGAAAAGCGAAGCGAGCAGCAGCAAUAGCAGACAAGAGAGCGUAGUGGUCGAUUGCGGCAGUCGUCGAAGCUCCUGUGGUUAUUGCAAAUCCUCCGGUCGAACCAGUAUCACUCACGAUCUUCUUGACCGUGGUUGGAGGAGAUCCGGCUGUUUUAUCUACAAACCUGAGAUGGAAAGGACAUGCUGCCCAUCUUAUACCAUUCGGUUGAAGGCAAGUGAUUUUGUCCCUUCUAAAGAGCAACUUCGAGUUUAUAAACGAAUGCAGAGGUUUUUAGAUGGCAUGCCCGAGCUGAGAAAACCAAUGGGACAUAAAGACAAUCGCAAAACUUCUGAGCAUACAGGCAGCUCUGUUCAUCAUGCAAUUUCAAACUCAGCAGGGACUCAUGGCAAGGAAGGGGAAAAUAAGGCAGAAGAGUUUAUGCAUCAUCUUUCUGACAAACUAGACAAAGUAGUGCAUGCAUAUAUUGAAAGUGGGGAAUUUCCUUCUGGAAUUCAAUUGCCAAAAGCUGCUGUCAAAAAGGUGUCACAUGCUAAAAGAAAGUUAUCAGUUGAAGGAUCAGAAGAUCUUUUAUACUCCAGCAGCAUUGCCUUCCAAUUAGCAGCUACUUUGAGGCGUACAAAGUCAGCUGAGGACAUCCAACAAUUACAAAUGAUAAGACAGAGUGCAGAAGAAAAUGAUCUAAGCCCCCCAUCUAUCGCAGAAAAGUUGGCAUGUUCUCUGAAUCAGCUAGGAACCAUUUCUGGCCUGUCCAUUAGGGCUUGCAACGGGCAUAUUAAUUUUUAUUCUGCUGCAAAUUUUGUAUCUUCGGAUGGAUAUGUUCAAGUUGUUGCUCAGCCUGAAGAAUCUGGGAGUGCAAGUAAAAGUUCUUGUUCAAAGAAGAGCUCUCAACAUCCUCAAGGACAAAAGAGGAAGCUUGAGAUCCGUUUGAACAGGUCCAGUUUUGAUCCCGAAGAGUAUGAGUUGUAUAGGCGAUAUCAAAUUAAAGUGCAUAAUGAUGCACCAGAUCAUGUCACAGAAAGCUCAUACAGGAGGUUUCUUGUUGAAACUCCCUUAUUAUUUGUUUCACCAUCUGCUGAUGGCAUGGUUUCUCCGUGUGGCUUUGGCUCUUUCCAUCAGCAAUACAUCAUUGAUGGCAAGCUAGUUGCUGUUGGUGUGAUAGACAUCCUUCCUGGGUGCUUGUCAAGUAAGUAUUUAUUCUGGGAUCCUGAUUAUGCAUUUUUAUCACUGGGUAAAUAUUCAGCUCUGCAAGAAAUUGGUUGGGUGAAAGAGAAUCAAGCCUAUAGUGCUAGUCUUCAGUAUUAUUAUCUGGGCUAUUACAUACACUCCUGCAGCAAGAUGAGAUAUAAAGCAGCAUAUCACCCGUCUGAGCUUCUUUGUCCUCUUCGUUACCAGUGGGUUGCAUUUCAUACAGCGAGGCCAAUGCUUGAUAAAAAGAAAUAUGUCAUCUUAUCUGAUAUUGCCAGUUUACAAGAUACGGGGACCACCCAAUCCUGUAUUCCUGAAAGUGGCAUGGAAUUGCUGCAUGAUGACAUUGAACUAGUAGACUCAAAUGAUGUUCUUAUGGAUGAUGAUGAAGAAAUGAUUGAGAUUGAAUCUGAGAGUUCUGACGAUGAAUUGAACCCAGAAACAAGUGGGUUGGUAACUGCAGCAAUAGAUGAUGGUGAUUUGACUAAUGUUUUAAUUGGACUGAAGGGAUCUCGACUAAGAUACAAGGAUUUGCAACAAGCAUUUGGCUUCUCCAAUGAAAGGAACUACUUGGAAAAACAAUUGCGCAGCUACCAGAGAGUGGUGGGUGUAGAGCUGUCUGAGCGAAUGGUUUACUCACUUGGCUAAAUUUAUUCGAUUCACGACUUAGAAAUUCAGUCUCGAAUCAAUGUACCCUCAAGUCUUCCAAGCUUUCUGGUUCCGAAAAUUAGAGCAGUUACGAACUUCAUUUCUUGGAGUAGGAAUCAUUUUCACUUAAUCAAUUCGGUUAAGAAGCAGAGAUUCCUAAUCCAGGUUUAUUUAUCGUGCUUUACGCGUGUUUAACAUAUUCUCUUGGUUUGGCAAUUGAAAUUGCUUUGAGUUUAUGCGAUUCAGGAAUUUGAAUAUGC